CGCCCACGGGAAUCGAACCCAGGCCGGAAGUGGCCCGGCGCGGCCAUUUCGCUUAGGUUGUUAACUGGUUCUAACCUGUCCGUCGCCUGCGUGGGACGCUGCGGUGAUUUAGGAUGUCAGCAGCCGACGUCCUGUGGGGCCAAUGAGGGGAACUCGGCUUGCGGACUUCCCGGUGGCUCUGCAGAGCCCCGGAUCAGACCACACCAAUGACGCUGCUGGUCUCCUUAGAAGCCCAGCCAGACUCUCCCCCGCAGCUCUGACUGAAGCCUCCAGAUGCCCACCCAGCUUUGGGCUCCCGGGAAGAAAGGACUUGCCCACAAGAGAGACCGAGAAGUGACGCCCAGAGGAGACAUGACUGCUGGCGAGAAUUUGCCCCAGAGGUCCCAGGCCCUGGGUUCAGAGGAGCAGGAUGGACCAUGCGAGGUAUCAGUGUCGUUUGAGGAUGUGACCAUGGACUUCAGCAGGGAGGAGUGGGAGCAGCUGGGCCCCACCCAGAGAUGCCUGUACUGGGACGUGAUGCUGGAGAUCUGCAGCCACCUCCUCUCCCUGGGGUACCCCAUUCCCAGGCCAGAGAUGAUUUUCAGGAUGGAAAAGGAAGAGGAGCCAUGGAUAAGGGAGGCUCAGCUCCCACAUCAGUGGCAUCCAGAAGGGGAGUUUGGACUCAAAACCUCACGACAGAAAAUUUUUGAAAAAGCUUCGUUUCGCGACGGUAAGGAACUUGCGGCCCCGGGAGGCGGGUCACGGUGCUCCGUCUUGGGAGAUGUGAACCCCACAACGAGGGGUCUGCAGAAGCAAGGGGAACCUUCGCGGCACGGGGCUCUCCUCAGUAGGGAAACACCGGAUACAGAGAGAGACAGCGGGUGUAAAGACCCGGGAAAAAUCACUCCUGUGAGGCCCCAUCUUGUUUCUCCACAAAAAAGACCUCCUAAACGUGGCUCAUUUGCGAAAAGUUUGAAGCCCAACCUAGAAGGAAGUCCUCAAAAGCAAAUUGACGGCACAGAACACCUCGAUGGGACUGUCGGCUCUGGCCGGCUACUCCCCCAUAGCCCUUCCGGUCCUGGCUACAAGAACGUUCGUCCAGGAGAGAACCUGUGUGAAGGGAAUCCACAUACGAAAGUCGGCAGCCGUAAACCGCCACACGCACAACAUCGAGUUCAUACCUGGGAGAAACCCGAUAAAUGUGCCGAAUGUGGCAGGGGCUUCGGCCAGAAGCCACCCCUCGAGCAGCAGAGAUUCCACGGCGUGGAAAACCUCCAGGAGAGCGGGAAAUGCACGACGAGCCUUGCCCCGCGGCCAGACCUCGGCGCGUAUCUGCCCGCUCACGCAGGACACGUUCCGUACAUAUGUAAGGAGUGUGGGAAAGUCUUCGCUCAGAGGUCGGAACUGACGACACACCAGAAAAGCCACGCUAGACAGAAGCCCCACAAAUGCCAGGAAUGCGGAAAAGCCUUUUUCCAGGCGUUAUCUCUCUUCAGACACCAGAGAACCCACACUCGAGGGAAGCUGUACGAGUGCGGCGAGUGUGGGAAAGGCUUCUCCCAGAAGUCCACCCUCGCCAUCCAUCAGAAAAUCCACGCCGGCGAGCGGCAGUAUGUGUGCGGCGAGUGUGGGAAGGCCUUCACCCAGAAGUCCGCGCUCAGCCUGCACCGGAGGAUCCACUCGGGGGAGAAGGCCUACGUGUGCCUCGCGUGCGGCCAGGCCUUCGUGCAGAAGGCCCACCUGACCGUGCAUCAGAGAAGCCACACCGGAGAGAAGCCCUACAAGUGCAGCGACUGCGGGAGAGCCUUCAUUUGCAAGUCGCAGCUCGACAUCCAUCGCCGCAUCCACACCGGGGAGAAGCCGUACGAGUGCCGUGACUGUGCAAAAGCCUUCACGCAGAAGUCACACCUCAACAUGCACCGGAAGAUCCACACGGGAGAGAGACAGCACGUGUGCCGUGACUGCGGCAAGGCCUUCACCCAGAAGUCCAUCCUCAACAUGCACCAGCGCACCCACACCGGAGAGAAGCCCUACAAGUGCCGCGACUGCGGCAGAGCCUUCACCGCCAAGUCACAGUUCAGAGAGCACCAGCGGGUCCACACGGGCGAGAAGCCCUACGUGUGCGCCGAGUGUGGGAAGGCUUUCAACGGCAGGUCCAAUUUCCACAAACAUCAGAUGACUCACACGAGAGGGAAGACCUUUGCCUGCCACACGUGCGGGACUGCCUUUGGCCAGAAAUCAGAGCUGAUGGCACAUCGGAGAACUCACGUCGGACAGAGGCCUCACGAAUGCGGGGACUGCGGGAAAUCCUUCAGUAAGAAACCACAGCUCCAAGUGCACCGGCGAAUUCACACGGGAGAGACGCCCUAUGCAUGUCCUCAGUGUGGGAAGGCCUUCAACAACAGAUCCAAUUUUAAUAAACACCAAACAACUCAUACCAGAGACAGACCUUACGAGAGCACUUCCUGCAUGAAAGGCAUUACCCAGACCUCCGUUCCCAGUAUGCAUCAGCAAUAACAUAAAGUGAAACAAAGUCUAAACUUCUCGAAGGAAAAAAAAAUCUCCGUAGAGUCUGAUUCAAUUGUAUGUUACAGAAUCCACGAUUCAGAAGGACCCCCCCGGAAUGCGCUGCAUUGUUGCAAAGGUACACCUUGUUUUAUAUGAAGGAAGUCACUUAGACGAGAACAUUUAAGAAUGAGGGAAGUGUCCAUAUUCGUACUAACCUCGUCAAGGAUUAUAAAACUCUCUUGGGAAGAAACCCGGACUAACCUUGAGAAAAGUGUCUCUGUAGAAAGUAGUACAAGAGGGGCGCCUGGGUGGCUCAGUUGGUCAAGCAGCCGACUUCGGCUCAGGUCACGAUCUCGCGGUCCGUGAGUUCGAGCCCCACGUCGGGCUCUGGGCUGACAGCUCAGAGCCCGGAGCCUGUUUCAGAAUCUGUGUGUCUCUCUCUCUGCCCCUCCCCCGUUCAUGCUCUGUCUCUGUCUCAAAAAUAAAUAAAUGUUAAAAAGUAGUACAAGAUAAAAUUUUGCCAGAUUUCUUGAUAAAUGCAUAAAUGUGAUUUUGUGAUGUAUACUGGUCUUCACGGGGCACCUCUUCUCUUACACGACUAGCCCAGCUCUCCCCUCCCCACUUCUUUCCACCCCCACCACUUCUGGCGAGCAUCUCCAUAAAUAACCAGCAUCAACCUUUCGGUGUGGACUUUUUCCCAUUUUUAUACAGCCUCCUGGUCAUUUCCCCAGGGUCAGCAAACUGGCCAUCGGCCAAAGCGCGUUGGCCACCCGGGUUUUUUAAAUAAAAAUUGUACUGGAAACGC